AUGAAGGAAGUCCAGUGCCUGCCAGGUGCGCAAGAAACGUUAAACCACGUAGGCUCUGGUACUCAGUCAACGUCGGAAGCUAUUCGACCGUCGUCCUCGAAUGCCUCCCAGAUUGAUCCUCUGUCCAUUGAUCCGACUCUGAACCAAGCGUCCCCGUGGUCUACGGUAGUAGGAGACAGACCUCCUUUUGUGCCUCACUUUGGCAUGGAGAGUUCUGGUGGCGGCAGUGGCAGUGGUGGGACACCCGAAGGAACUUCAGCAGCUGGUUCGGCCUCUUCUCCCAGUGGCAGCGCGGCUGUCUCUAUACUGCAACAACAACACAGCAACAACAACUUGUCGUCGACUAGUUCUCCAGUGGGAGGAGGCUCUGUCUUGCCCAUGGACACUAAUGGGAACUCUGACGUUUUGGCAUCCCCGCUGUCGACGGGUUCUAGUAUUUUUAAUUCGUCGACUGCCCCCAAUUCGCCCGCUGUCAACGGCCACCCGUCUGUGUCGCCUGUGCGAUCCUUUCGGCCAUCCAACUCGACCAUCAGUACUGGCAACAACCCAAGCAGUGGAACCCCUGGGCCACGACGACUGCGGUCUCAAACCAACUUUCAAGUGAGAUCUGUUCUGGACAGUACAACCUCUAUGGAAAGUGACGACGAUGAUGGUCUGCCUGGACUGGACAGAACCUUUGACAGUCUCGCUUCUUCAGUACAACAGCUAGAAGAAACUUGGGAACAAGUAGACCAAGACCAUGAUGAAGAAGAUGAGGACAAGACGACGAGGACGAAGUUGAUGGAGAUUCCGUGA